GAGAAACAGAGCUUCGAACCAAAAUUGCAGAAGUUGAAGCUUUAACCAUGGAGGACAGCGGAAAGAGGAGGGAGGUUGAGGCAAAGGUCCUAGAGAAGGUGGCGGAGGUUAUCUCAGCGAUUAAGAAUGCGAAGCACGUUGACCAAGUCGUAUCUGCCCUUUAUUCCCUAGCUGUUCUUCUCUUCCCUGUAGAUGCGUCUCUAAUCGCCGAGUGUGUUGGUCAGAGCUACAGGGACCAGAUCCUCAGUUCGAGGCUUCCUUCCAAAAGUGAGAGGCUGGAGUGUUGGAAUGCACUCUAUAAUGGAGCUGCAUUCUCAGCAUUGUCCCGGGUUUUAUUACUUGAGCUUGCAUCCAGUUGGUUGGUGUGUUUCCCUUUCUUGGCAAAGAAGCACUUAUAUGACAUUUUCUUUGUUGAUGGACCUGCCACUGAGGUUGUUCAGAACCUCGUUCCUUUUCUGCAGCCGAAUGCAAGUGAUGCGGCUGAUGUUAAAGCUGUACGCUCAAAUACUGAAAGAUUGAUUGUAAUUUGCUUGCUUGAAAAGGAUGGGGUGCUUCAGAUGGCAAAAGAAUUUGGAGAAUCCUGCAAAUAUGAGAAUUUUGUAACUGAACGCACCAUACCAGCCAUUUCUAAGGUUGCACAAAUUGUUACAUCAAUUCCUGACAAAGCACAAUCGAGAGCAUCCAACUCAUUGUCAUCACACUCGUUCUUCAAGCAGAUUACCAAUCAACUUCUUUCUCUAGCAGAAGCAAAAUCUUCUAGUAUUGAACUUGAUGGCACCAUGAUAUUUGUGGGGGAGACAUUUUCUCGCAUUUGUCGGCGUGGAUCUGCAGACUUGUUGCUAAAUGAAUUAGUUCCACAUAUUUUGAAGCACGUCCAAGAUGUUGUGAUGUCAAAUAUUCAUUCAGCUGUCGCUGACGUAUUUGAAUCAAGCCCCAAUUCCCAGUUCUGGUUGAAGAUAGUGGAAACAAUUAAAGAUAAUUAUGCCGUUGAAAGAAUUUCUGAGCAACUUUUACAUCAGCUAGCUGCUAAAUGUGAGAGUGAUGUUGAUGCUUACUGGGUGCUUUGGCUACUUUUUCAUCGUAGUCUAAGAUUAAGAAUGUCAGUAAGGUCCAUUUUCGUCGACAAAUUUUUGGUCUGGAAGGUAUUCCCCAUUCAUUGCCUGCGCUGGGUUCUACAGUUUGCUAUUCUUGAAUGGCCGCCUGAUGCCAAUUGUCUCAAGAAAGGUCAUAAUAAUAGCAGCCUCUUAAUGACCGUGCAGCGUCUGGUAGAAGUGUGGUCUAAAAAGGAGUUUGUCCAAUCAGCCACGAUUGAGCAGCAAGCUUAUAUAUCUGCAGCGGUUGGUCUUUCUCUUGAAUUAAUGUCUAAAGAGGAACUUGAUGAAAUUAAGACCGUUAUGCACUCAAUUCUUCAAGGGGUUAGCUGUAGGCUGGAGAAUCCUAAUCAAUGGAUUCGGAAAAUGGCUAGCAAUGUUGCUCUAGUGUUCUCUAAAGUUAUUGACCCGAAGAAUCCUCUGUAUCUUGAUGAUAGUUGCAUGGGAGACACCAUAGACUGGGAGUUUGGGUCAACUACUCAUAGAAAAGGGACCAUAGAUUGUACAAUUGGUGCAGGGACUGGAUUUAAAGAAACAGAAGCCUCUACUACUUUGGUUCAGAAAAAGGAAGCUACUCAUGCUGCCAAAGUGGGGACUGGGCAUAAUAUACAAAGUAAAAAUAAGAAAAUUUGGGAGUUUAAGUUGGCUGAUCCAGAUGAGGUUGUUGAUCCAGCUAGCUUAAAUUGUGGAUCUAUUUCUGAGGAUAAUGACGAUAAUGAAAGUGAUAUAUCUGAUUCCACCAGUGACUCAUCAUUACAGCCAUAUGAUCUGUCGGAUGAUGACACAGAUCUUAAAAAAAAAUUGUCACAGUUGGUCGAUGUAGUUGGGUCUCUCCGUAAAUCUGAUGAUGUUGAAGGGGUAGAGAGAGCUCUUGAUGUUUCUGAAAAGCUCAUCCGAGCAUCACCCGAUGAACUUAGACAUGUAGCAUCAGAUCUUGCGAGAACUCUUGUUCAAGUCCGAUGCUCUGACAUAGCUAUUGAAGGAGAGGAAGAAUCAACUGAAGACAAGAGGCAAAGAGCGCUGGUUGCCUUGAUUGUUAUGUGCCCAGUUGAAUCUCUUAAUAUUCUCAAUAAACUACUCUAUUCACCUAAUGUGGAUACCAGUCAGCGCAUAAUGAUACUUGAUAUCAUGACGGAUGCAGCUCAGGAACUUUCUAAUGCGAAGACUAUGAAGCCAAAACAUCAGUCAAGGACUCUCAUAGCUACCACUGCUGAGACUCAACCAUGGUUCUUGCCAAGUAGUAAAGGGCCUCCUGGAGCUGGUUCCUGGAAAGAGAGAUCAGGAACAGGAACUUUACCAAACUGGUCAAAUAGUUAUGAACGAGAACUACCUUUAAAACCUGGUCACGUCAAAAGAGGAAAGACGAGACGCUGGAGCCUGAAAUCAGCUAACAUGCAAGACAAUGAAAUGGAGUUAUCUCAUAAUAAGUUCCCAGGACAUGCGGCUGCCUUUAUGCUUCCAGCUAUGCAAGGCUUCGAUAAGAAAAGACAUGGGGUGGACUUGUUGAAUAGGGAUUUCAUUGUCUUGGGAAAACUCAUAUAUAUGCUUGGUGUGUGCAUGAAAUGUGCAGCCAUGCAUCCUGAAGCAUCUGCCCUGGCCCCUCCUCUUUUAGAUAUGUUAAGAUCCAGUGAGGUAUGCCAUCACAAGGAAGCAUAUGUCAGGCGAGCUGUUCUAUUUGCAGCUUCAUGCAUACUGGUAGCAAUACAUCCCUCUUACAUAGUAUCCAGCUUGCUUGAAGGAAACCUUGAAAUAUCUGAAGGACUUGAAUGGGUUCGCACAUGGUCCCUUCAUGUGGCCGACUCUGACCCAGAUAGAGAAUGCUAUAUGAUGGCUAUGACGUGCCUCCAACUCCAUUCUGAGAUGGCUCUCCAAGCCACUCGAACACUAGAAUCUGCAAACAGUACGUUCAAGCCAAAAAACAUUGCUUUUUCAUCAGAUUUGUCAAAGGGUACGAUCAAAAUCCCCUUCUCCGAUGUGGAAUAUUAGGGAGAACAAGCAAAAAAUGAAAGAAAAAUCUUCUGAGCUCUCUUGUAAUUAUUUAUUUUCUGACGUGAAAUGCUCACUGGAGUUUAAAUUUUAAGCUAUUUUCUCUCGGUUGACUUUUUAUUUUUAAAUCCUGGGUUUUAAGUUGA